AUGUAAGUGGGCAAUUGACAUUUAACUCGUUUAUUGUACACAUCCGCAACACCACUUUGUUUGUUUUAAAAAAGAAAACAUGGGAAAUGUUGAUACUAAACUUAACUUUAGAAAAGCUGUUGUACAAUUAACUUCAAAGUCGGAGCCUAUCAAUGCUAGUGAUGAUUCCUUUUGGGAACAAUUUUGGUCUGAGAAUGUAUCAAACGUGCAAGAUAUCUUUACUCUCAUUCCAGCGGCUGAAAUAAGACAAUUACGCGAAGAUGCUCCAUCAAACUUAGCUACUUUGUGUUAUAAAGCUGUUGAAAAACUAGUCAAAGCAGUAGAUAGUAGUUGUAGAACACACAGAGAACAACAGACUGUUUUAAAUUGUACACGUUUAUUGACAAGGAUCCUACCAUACAUUUUUGAAGACACAGAAUGGAAAGGGUUUUUCUGGUCAUCUCUACCUAGUAAGAGUGAGGAAGACGAACAAGAGUCAAUUCCAUUAGCACAAUCACUUCUGAAUGCAAUAUGUGAUCUGUUAUUUUGUCCUGAUUUCACAGUUGCAGCAGGAAGAAAAAGUGGACCUGAUAAAGCUGAAGAUUUGUCAUUGAUCGACAGCUGCGAAUACAUUUGGGAAGCGGGAGUGGGUUUCGCCUAUUCUCCACCGAGAAAUCCAGGUUACGAUGCGAACCGGACCGAGCUAUUGAAAUUGCUGUUGACGUGUUUUAGCGAGACAAUGUACCGUCCGCCGGCAGAUAUCGCACAAAAUCCGAACAAAUGGAUUAUGCACUUGACGUCAGCCGAGAAUCGUCACGCCUUACCCAUGUUCACUUCCCUGUUAAAUACCGUCAGCGCCUAUGAUCCGGUUGGUCUAGGCGUACCCUAUAACCAUCUACUCUUCAACGAUUCUUUAGAACCGCUUGUAGAGGCUGCCCUUCAAAUAUUAAUCGUUACUCUGGACCACGAUACCAGUUCGUCUACACCGGCAGAGUCAGAAGAUGUUUCAAUUCCAGACAAUCUUUUUAUUAACUACUUGUCUCGAAUACACAGAGAUGAAGACUUUCAAUUCAUCUUGAGCGGUGUUACAAGAUUGCUUAAUAAUCCUUUAAUGCAAACUUACCUACCAAAUUCGACUAAGAAGGUGCAUUUUCAUCAAGAGCUGUUGGUGUUUUUCUGGAAAAUGUGUGACUAUAAUAAGAAAUUUUUAUAUUUUGUGUUGAAAAGCAGUGACGUACUGGAAAUUCUAGUACCAAUUUUGUACCAUUUAAAUGAUUCAAGGGCAGAUCAAUCUCGCGUUGGUUUAAUGCAUAUCGGAGUAUUUAUUCUUUUAUUGCUGUCUGGUGAAAGGAAUCUGGGUGUAAGAUUGAACAAACCUUACACUGCUACAGUACCCAUGGAUAUACCUGUAUUCACUGGGACACACGCCGACUUACUUGUCAUUGUCUUUCAUAAAAUUAUUACUACAGGACACCAAAGAUUACAACCACUUUUCGAUUGUUUAUUAACUAUUCUAGUCAACGUAUCUCCUUAUUUAAAAACUCUUUCUAUGGUGGCCAGUACAAAGCUUUUGCACCUUUUGGAAGCCUUCAGUACGCCAUGGUUCCUAUUUUCAGCACCCCAGAAUCAUCACUUGGUGUUUUUCCUUUUGGAAAUAUUUAACAACAUUAUCCAGUAUCAGUUUGAUGGAAAUUCUAAUUUAGUUUAUACUAUAAUUAGAAAACGACAAGUUUUCCAUAGUUUGGCAAAUCUGCCAAGCGAUUAUGGAACAAUUGCGAAAUCGAUCAAUAAAAAAAUCAAACAUAACAAACUACACGAUUCUGCUAGCACGGAAAAUAUUGCAGAAAUGACUAUGGAAGGAUCUCGACCAGCUUUACCUGCCGAACCAGGCACUUUAAAUGCGACCUUACCAGACACGCCUCAGAUUGGUCAAAUGACAGAGCGAGAAUCAGCUCACCCUGUCACAUCUCCAAAUGAACAACCCUUGACAAAUGGAAUGGCGGCUGUCACAUUGAAUAGUCCAGCUGGAACAGCCGUUUCAAUAGGGAAUGGUGCUAUUCAAAAAGACGAUGUAAAGGCCCAGGACGACGAAGUGAAGAUCCCAACUAGUCCCCCUGCAUUUUCUAGGGCUGUAAAUACGAGAAAUAGUUUGAGAGUUAGUACAAGCAUGGAGACUUCUUCAGCGCAAUGGGUACCUACAGGGGAAUGGGUACACACUUGGAAAAGUAAAUUACCUCUUCAGACGAUAAUGAGACUUCUCCAAGUUUUAGUGCCGCAGGUCGAAAAAAUUUGCAUUGACAAAGGUUUGACUGAUGAGAGUGAAAUCCUCAAAUUUCUCCAGCAUGGAACGUUAGUUGGUUUACUGCCUGUUCCACAUCCCAUUUUGAUAAGAAAGUACCAAGCCAAUUCAGGUACGACAACAUGGUUCAGAACUUACAUGUGGGGAGUGAUAUAUCUUAGGAAUAUGGAUCCUCCCAUAUGGUAUGACACAGAUGUUAAGCUAUUCGAAAUCCAGAGAGUAUAACUCUAAAUUAAUUAAAUCUACGCUUUAUUUUUCAAUGUGCGCCUUUAUUAUAAAAACCAAAAACUUUACCUUUAAGUUAUAUAGUGUGAUUGAUGUAUUUAUGUUACUGAUUAAACAUAAAACAAUUAUUGAUCUUCAGUAUAAUUUGUAUAUACUAUUUUUCGUUACACUGAACAUACAUCGAAAUAAUUAAUUUACAAUAGAAA